CUUCAAUUUCGGGUUCAUAAUCGUUUUCGGGCUUUUGGCAAAAUCACGUUAACCAUGGCAGAGUGAUGCCUUUCCCUGUGAUUUAACCCUCAAAAGUUAAAAACUGGUAUUACAACCACACACGCUCACAGGGAAUUUCAGCUUCCUCUUGGACUUUUUCUCUCUCAAAUUUUCUCCCUUGUUCCUUUCUGCCAGAGAUGAGUGAGUGUUUCAGACUCAACUAGGCCUCCUUUGGUUUUUUCUUAAAGCUGGCAUUAUUGCUUUCAACAGGGUGGAAUUUUUUUUUUUUAAUGAAUGUGUCUUAAUGGACUCUAAUGGCUGCUACUCUCUCUAAAUCUCAGUACAUUGGGUUCGUGUAUUUAACUCAAGUAGAUAGGUAGAAAGAUGCUGGAUCAGUUCAAAAAGAUUCAGAAUCUCAAGAGGUGACUCAGGGACUGCAAUACUAUGUGCAUGAUUGGUGUAAUUUAAAGCUUAGCAGGUUGAUGUUCACUUGGAAAAUGGAAUUUAUGCAGACAACUCUUGAAGUAGCAGCAUCAUGCCAAGGGGUGGAAACUACUUUGGCACAAUCAUUUGAGGACAAAAUUUUUUAGAUUCCUUGCUAGUUGGUUGGGGAAAGGCUUUAAUUGAAUUCUAACCUUCCCCUUUAGGAAAUAUGAAAUUUGGUUCAAAGAAAGGAUGGAAAUCCAUUGUGCCCCUUCGUUUGAAAGGCAAAUCAGCCCCCCGCUUCUGUUUGUUUCCCAAACCACGGUCAACUAGCUACGGUCCAGGAAGUGCGCCAGUUUAUCUCAAUGUGUAUGACUUGACACCCAUGAAUGGCUAUGUCUAUUGGGCAGGCCUUGGUAUCUUUCACUCUGGCGUGGAAGUUCAUGGUGUCGAAUAUGCAUUUGGUGCUCAUGACUACCCAACAAGUGGUGUUUUUGAGGUGGAACCUCAGCAAUGUCCAGGCUUCAAGUUCAGGAAAUCAAUAUUGAUUGGGACCACAUGCUUGGAUCCUGUUCAGGUCAGGGAGUUCAUGGAGCAGCAUGCUGCAAGCUACCAUGGUGAUACAUAUCACUUGAUUGUUAAAAAUUGCAAUCAUUUCUGCAAAGACAUCUGUUACAAGUUAACCGGGAAACCAAUUCCAAAAUGGGUAAAUCGACUAGCAAAAAUAGGUUCAGUUUGCAACUGUAUACUUCCUGAAUCUCUGAAGAUAUCUGCUGUUCGGCAUGAUCCUGAUGGCCAAUCUUAUGAUAGUGAGAGGAGAAGGUUGAGAAGUGCUUUCAGCUGCCUGUCUUCAAUCUCAAUGCGACAAAAGCAGCUAUCAACUUCUUCAAUGUUUCUACAAUCACCCUUGAAAGGCUGCCUCCCAUGGGAGCUGAAAAGGUCUAUCAAUGGUUCCUUAAAGGAAAGAUGAAAGAAUUCAUGGAGAGUAUUUUUUAGCAUGAGCUGAUGGGGGCAGUGGCUGAAAUCAAUGGUUUUUGUGUUUCAUGAUUGUGUUACCAUCCGGUGUGAAAAUGAUUAAGAUGCUAACCUAAUUCUUCCUAUCCUGAGAAGAAGCUUGCCAGAUCAACCCAGCGCCCUCAUUUGAGUGUUAAAAGCUGUGUUCGAUCCUAUUUUAUUAUUAUUUUUAUUUUUAAUGCUGAUUACCAUCCCCCAGUCAUUUUUGUGUCUAUAGAAGUUAUGGUCUGUGGAUCCAUCCGUUGGCUCAUUCAAGCUGUAGUGACUGUUCAUUUUAUUUGUACAUAAAACUGCACUCUGAUGCUUGUUAAAAGAGAGAAUUGUUAA